AUGACUUUGGAGCCCAUGAUGGCUUGUUGCCUGAGUGAGGAGGCGAAGGAGUCCAAGCGAAUCAACGCUGAGAUCGAAAAGCAACUCCGGCGGGAUAAGAGAGACUCGCGCAGGGAGCUGAAGUUGCUGCUCUUAGGGACAGGAGAAAGUGGCAAGAGCACUUUCAUCAAACAGAUGAGGAUAAUCCACGGGACAGGCUACACAGAUGAAGAUAAAAGGAGCUACACAAAGCUGGUCUAUCAGAACAUCUUCACCUCCAUGCAGGCAAUGAUCCGUGCUACGGAGACCCUCAAGAUUCCCUUGAAGUAUGAAGAGAACAAGAAUAAUGCCCAGCUGGUGCGUGAAGUGGACGUGGAAAAGGUGUCGACAUUUGAAGAGCCAUACAUCAGUGCGAUCAAAAUGCUUUGGACCGACCCUGGGAUUCAGGAGGCUUACGAUCGCAGGAGAGAGUACCAACUCUCUGACUCGACCAAAUACUAUUUAAGUGAUCUUGGUCGUAUUUCUGAAGCGUCCUAUCUACCAACCCAACAGGAUGUGCUUAGGGUUCGAGUCCCAACCACUGGGAUCAUAGAAUACCCUUUCGACUUGCAAAGCAUCAUUUUCAGGAUGGUGGACGUUGGAGGUCAGAGGUCAGAGAGGAGGAAAUGGAUCCACUGCUUUGAGAACGUCACCUCUAUCAUGUUUCUGGUGGCGCUCAGCGAGUAUGACCAGGUUCUGGUCGAGUCAGACAAUGAGAACCGUAUGGAGGAGAGCAAAGCCCUGUUCAGGACCAUCAUCACAUAUCCCUGGUUCCAAAACUCGUCUGUAAUUCUGUUCCUCAACAAGAAGGACCUGUUGGAGGAGAAGAUCAUGUACUCUCACCUGGUUGAUUAUUUUCCAGAGUUUGACGGUCCACAGCGGGAUGCUCAGGCAGGUCGGGAGUUCAUCCUGAAGAUGUUUGUAGACUUGAAUCCUGACAGUGACAAGAUAAUCUACUCCCAUUUCACAUGUGCCACCGACACGGAGAACAUCCGUUUCGUCUUCGCAGCCGUCAAAGACACCAUCCUGCAGCUCAAUCUCAAAGAAUACAACUUGGUGUGAGAGCGAGGGUCCUCGGCCGAGACACCAGCCUCUGAAGAAACACUUGGUGCAGGAGUUCCCCCUCCAGAGACGCACAUCUGCAUGAAAACACACUGCUGCACAAAGAGACGAGCAUUGCUUUAAUCUUUACCAGACCAACGCAAUCCUCUGUUGCUCCUUCUCUCCAUGCAGUUUUUUUGGUUUGUUGACAUUUGAAAUAAUUUUCUUUUUCCAAUUUUGUAGUUUUUACUAACUGCUGGCAACAUCACCAAUGAAAUACAUUAAAAUUGAACAUUUAUUUGUCCUCUCUCUGGCACACCUCUCUGCCCUCACUUUUUUUUCUAUAUUAUUUUAUGUCAAAGGUAGGUGGAGGGCCUUCUCUGGGUAGAACUAGCCUUUGUGGACAAAGGGCUCUCUCAUGCAUGCUAUACACUACAGCAUGAGUUCAUGACACAAGGCUGCAGAUCACUGGACUCUGCUUAUCUGCAAGGGAUAACGAAUUCUAAAAUCCUUCAAGGUGACGCUGAGGUGCAGUCAGGUACUUAGUUCUGUGGAACUUAAAACUUAAAUAGUUUGUAUUUUUCUCUUCAAUCACCCUGAUCUCCACCAGAGCAGAUGAGCUCCAUUGAAUGUAAAUAAGGAUUUGAUUCUGCUCACGCAGUUUUACAGUGAUAACUAAACAUUGUAUCUUCACUUUAUAUAUAUAUAUAUAUAUUUAGAAAUGUUAACUUCUUGAGCCUAUCACUUCUGCUAUUAGUUGUCUGUGUGUGGGAGAUGACUACUCAUAGGAGUGCAAAGGAAAAAGUCGCAGCUUAUUCCUCUUAAAUCAUUUCUUGGUCCUUCUACUUAUCUGGAGGUGUUUUUUUUAAUGUUUUUUUUACAUUGCAAAAUGUAAAAAAAAAAAAAAAAAA